AUGAGCAAAAGAGCCAAUUUGCCUUACACCUAUCAGGAUCUUUUUCCACACGUGGCGGCUUCUCCGCGAGAUCCACGGACGCCAGGCUCCAUUUCCGGGGCAUCUUUCGCCGAAUCCAGAUCCCUAGCCUUCACGCCCCGCAGCCCCGACCACAAGCGAUCCAAUUGGAAAACCAUGUUCCGGCGCCUCUUCAAACCUAGAACACUUGAUUUUGAGACGGCCAUCUGGGAAGUGUUCUACCUCAUCAUCAAUCCACGAAAAAUGUACAGAACCCACUACACUUACAAACACAGCAACGGCAAGGCGUCGCUGCGCCGAGACGAUCCGUCUUUCCUCAUUUUGGUCACCUGCUUCUUAUGUAUCAGCGCAAUUGCCUGGGGGCUUACGUAUCUGCCGCAUGUGUGGGACAUUAUCAAACUAGUGGUCAACAUGGUGAUCUUCGACUUUUACGUUCUGGGAGUAUGUGUUGCUACCGUAUCGUGGGCAGUGACAAACGCUCUUUUCAAUAACCAGUUCUCGUUACUGACUGCGUUUUCUGCCUCGUCUCGCUACGCAGUCAACUACAUUGAGUGGGGCUUCUGUUUUGAUAUUCACUGCAACUCGUUCUUGAUCAUUUGGGCCGUGCUCUACUUGCUCCAGUUUUUCUUGCUCCCGCUUCUCACAAGCAAGAACUUCUUGCUGCUUUUGUUGGGGAACACCCUUUAUUUCGGCGCAGUGGGCCAGUAUUUCAUCAUCACUUUCUACGGCUUCAACUCUUUGCCUUUUGUUAGCAGUGCUUCUACUCGAGGCUCAAGCCCGGGAAAAGUGUUCCAAAUGGCCAUUUUGGCAGGCAUUUUGCCGCUAUUGGCCCUCGGCUGGUUUUUGUGCAAUGUUUUCCGCUUCAACGUUGCGCAAGUUAUGGUGCACAAUUACUUCAAUUAA